GAAAUAUUAUCUAAAUCUCAAUAAACAGUUUUAAUACAUGUAUUGAUAAAUACAAGCUUGUGUUGUAUCAACAUUAAUUUUACCUGUACAAAGUCACGUAUUGUUCACUCUUCAGUCUUGAUGGUUAAAAUAAGGAUAGUGUUGACAUAACUUGUGAUCAGAUACAUGCUUUCUUACCUAAUCUGCUGCAUUUCUUGUAUGAAGUGAAGCUUGACCCACAAGUCAUGCUAUCCAUCAUCUUUGAAUAAAACAUCACCAUCAAAGCCAUGUAAAUCUCACUGCAAAUCUGCUUUGAACUGGGACCAUAGAAUAUGGAAUGACUUUUAAUUGCACUGACUAGACUAGUCUUUCAACAAUUACAAAGUUUGAGAAAUGUUUUGGAUUGCUUUGCCAUCUUGAGAACAGAUUACAUGUACAUGUACUUGCUGUGAGCUUCAUCGCAGUGCACAGGCAUAGACACUGUUCAUAGCUUUCUUCCUAGAUGUCUUUUCUUACCAAUUUCCACUUUUCCCUUUUUUUUAUCUUAACCAGGAAUUUUAUUUCUAAUUACAAGACCAUCUUAAGAGACCCCUGCCCAGAAGAUGGUCUCAGUUGUGUUCCUGGUAACCCUGUUUCUAUUUUGGUCAACAAGCUGAGAGGUUUCUCAAAUCACAAUGUCAGUGAUGCAAAUGUUGGACCAUUUGGCAAUUACAGCGAUUCAGACGUAGCAGUGGGUAGUAUGAAUCUACAAGCUGAACAGGUGAACACUGAGGGAGAAGAAGUUCUAAAAUCUCAGAAAUCAUUAAGAGAUGCCAAUGUGCCACUUUCAAGCAGGGUUCUUCGAAAGCUUCAAGCAAAUUGUCAUUCCUUUCUUAUUAGUGGUACUGAGCUUGACUUCUUUUCUCCAUCCUCCUAUAGUCAUCCCAUUAGACAUAAAAUUGUGGCAGGUCAGACUUUCACAGAGCCAACAACAGCUUCCAAAAUGAAAGCAGAUGUGGAUGGUGUCCUACAAGCAUUCACCAGGGAAAUUUGUUCUUCUCUUGAAGACUUAAAAAGAGAAAGUGGUUGUCAAAGCUUAUCCCAAGAAGACCCCCUUUCUGAUACAACUUCAGUGGGCUUUGAGACAGUCCAAUUAAAGAGCAAAAGGCAGAUGAAAUUUGAAAAUGCCAGAAAUGCAGCUAGUGCAGGGACUGGAUGUGAAUGCGAAAAUCUAGCUGAGCAAAAGAAAUGCAUUUUUUGUAGGUUGGAGAGCCACUAUCUUGGGCAUAACAUCUCUCCACAGGUUUCUAUCAGCAACCUUUUUCAAGCUUCCACGCAAAUUAAACUCUGUCAUAAUGAGAGGCAGUUACUAACUUGGGGUUUAUUGGAUUCUGACAAAUCUCCACACAUUUGCUGUGGUUGGCUGAUUGAAAUUGACAUUGAUAACUUGGUUAUGGCUUUGUACGGGAUUUCUGAUAUACGACUGCUGUGGUCAAGGGAUGAAAGGUUUAAAGAUCAGUUUUCAGGCCUAGAGGUCAGUCAGUUUCAAGACCUUGGGAAAGAGUUUGUGCCAUUCAGUCUCUUUUCUCCUAUCUACAUCCAUGACAUACGUUUUUGGAUGACUGAACAUAUGACAGAACAGCAGUUCCUUCAGGAUAUCUAUGAAACCAGGCAAGGAUGUGUAUGUGAUGUUUGGUUCAGUGAAUGUUACCAUGAUACAGAACAGGAUAAAGUGAGUUACAAUUACCGCAUGGUUUGCAGCUCAUGUGACAGACCACUGAGCCAUAUCCAGACAGUAAAAAUGCAAAACGUAUUAAGGAAAAAGCUCUUAAAUUGUGACUUUCAACUCAAAUAACAACUUGCAUGUCUAAAAAAAACAAAUGCAUUGGCAUUGAGUGUUAGUAAAAUAUUUUUUUACUAUAAUUUUAAGAUUACAUCUUCAUGUAAUUUGCGAUAUAAUAUUAGCUACCAGGUUUCAAAAUUUUAUCAAGUUUAUAAGCAUUUUCAAAAUUGCUCCAGGACAAAAACUUUUGUUGAUUAUAAUCUGAUUAUUUAUUUAUUUUUUAUUUGUUUAUAAAAGUCAGGCAGUUUAUUAUUGUUCUAUAGAAGUUACAGUAACAAGAUUAAGUGAUUGAUUGACCAUUGACUAAAUUAUUAAUAAAUAGUUUUGGGUCUGAUGUUUUUUUAUUAUUUAUUUAAUAAUAAACUUUAUUGGUAUUUAAUCGUAAGUUGUCAAAGUCAGAUGAUUUUUGUUUGGUUAUAAAAGUAAAGCAGCUAAUUGUUUGUUAUUGAGUAACAUGAUUGAGUAAUUGACUGACCAACUACUUUAUAAAUUUAUAAAUAAUUUUUGAUUUGAUGUUGGUUUUAUAUUAUUAUUUUAUUUAGUAAUAAGCUUUUUAGUAUUUAAAUCCUAACCUGUUAGUCACAUUAUGUUUCAAAUCAGUAUAUUUUUUCCUUUUGUAUAUACAUACAUUUGAAAACUAAUUAAAAGGUCCUGAAAAUUGGAAUACUGUGCUAUUUCAUAUUAUUGUUGCGUGCAUCAUUAUUUGAUAUCAUCGAAGAGCUUUGAGAAAUGUCUGAAGACUUUUUGUUUCCGGAGCUUCCAUUAGCUGACUACAUAAUUAUUUAAACAUUCCCAAUGGCCUCCACACAACCAAAAGACAGAUAUGCCAAUAAAAUAACAUCUGUUAUUUAAUGUUAGGAAAUAGUUAUUAGGAAAUAGUUUGUUGGUUUUUAACUAAAUUAUAUUGUUAAUUAUAUUGUUAGACUUUUUUAAUAGUUCAAUAGAAAAUAGUUAGUAGGUUAUUAAUUAUAUUAAGUGUCCCCAAUUAGUAGCAGGUUUUUUCACCCAUCGGCUAGAUGUUAAGGCACAUUAAUAUAAAGUUUAUGUAUGUAUGUAUGCGAGAGAUGCCCUAUCAAUAAACAGCA